GAGCCAUGCCACGUGGCUACACCGUGCCAGACCUGUCAGAUGCUGGGGCUAUGGAGGGUGAAGAGGAGGAAGAGAUGACUGAGGAUGAGGCAGAGGAAGCCUAUGAAAGCCUACCAAAGCGCCCUGCAGCUGAUCUUCUGGAAAAACCAGCUAAGAUUCGGAAGCUCGGUCAUGUAUCAGAUACAAGCACCACAGCAGGAGAGGAGAUGCAGGUAGAAGAACCAGAGCGAAGUUCAGAGGAACAGGAGGAGGACGCCGAAGAGAGGCAGCAAGCUUCUGAAUGCGAAGCAGCCGAGGAAACGGAGGAAGAUGAGGAUGCAGAUGCAGCAGUGCAGGAAACAAAGCAAAGUUCAGAGGAGGAGGACGAGGCAUCAGCCGGAGAGGAGAGGAACCAAGGUUCGGGGAGCGACGAUGAAGCAGCGGAGGAAACAAUCCAAAGUGCAAAGGAGGAGGACGAGAGCGAAGCAGCAGAGGAAACGAAGCAAAGUUCAGAGGAAGAGGACGAGGCAUCGGCUGGACAGGAUUCGGAGGGUGAGGAUGAAGCAGCGGAGGAAACAGAGCAAAGUUCAGAGGAGGAGCAUGCAGCCGAAGAGAUGAACUCAGUUUCCGGGAGGGAGGAUGAAGCAGCAGAGGAAACAGAGCAAAGUUCAGAGGAGGAGGAUGCAGCCGAAGUGAGGACCCAAGUUUCCGAGAGGGAGGAUGAAGCAGCAGAGGAAACGAAGCAAAGUUCUGCAGAGGAGGAGGAGGCAGCCGAAGUGAGGACCCAAGUUUCCGGGAGCGAGGAUGAAGCAGCAGAGGAAAGGAAGCAAAGUUCAGAGGAGGAGGAGGAGGAGGACGCACCCGAAGUGAGGACCCAAGUUUCGGGGAGCGAGGAUGAAGCAGCAGAGGAAAUAAGGAAGCAAAGUUCAGAGGAGGAGGAGGAGGAGGACACAGCCGAAGAGAGAGACCAGGCCCCGGAGAUGAAUGAUGAGCUUUAUUGGCCGGAGGUCGACGGUGAGAUGCAGGAGCCUGUGGAGGCUGUGGAGGCAGGGGGGAGCUCGAGUGAAGAGCAGCCAGAGGAGGAAGAAUGCCCCAGUUCGCCACCUCAUGUGCCCACGCCACCUAGCAGCGUCUCGCAGGAUGAACCAGAGGAGGAAGCAAGCCCACCUGGUGGUGAACAGCAGCCAGAGGAGGAAGUGUGCCAGAGCUCGCCGCCCCAUGUGCCGGCGCCAGGGAUUGAUGGGUCCGACACAUCGUCGGACUCUGAGGAAGAUGCAGAAAAGGAGGAGGAGGCACCGGAGGAUCCGUGCAACUCAGAUGCAGCGAGUGAAUCGGGCAACACCGAGCUUUAUGAUCCUGAGCUAGGUGUUCGGCUGUCCUGGGACAACUUCAGUGAGGUUCACGAAGCCUGUAUGAAGAAUCGCCUGGAUAAGAAAUCGUGGAAAACCCGGGACACACGUGACAUGAUGAUUGCCGUGCGGGGACCACCGCCCAAAGGUGUGAAGAUCAUGGAAAUGGACGCUGAAAGUGCUGAUGAUGCCAGUGCUGCUGCUGCAGAAAGCUCAGAGGAGGAGAAGGAGGAGCAGGUGGCUUCACCUAAGGCCAAUGCCACGAAGGCGACACACAAAGGAACACCAGAUUGGAAGCUGUCAAAGGCAGCCCGAGCCCUAAGAUCCCCGGUCCCAAAGAAGGGAGCCCGCAGUUCCAGCAGCUGGCAGAAAGACGCCAGCGGCAACAAGAGAAGCCGCAAAGAAGUGAGCGAUGAAGAGAAAGGUUCAAAGGAUGCAAAAGCCAAGCCUGAUGAGCCCCUGGAGGACCAGAAGAAGUCGCCGGUGCACAGGGUCGAUGCGAAGGACUUUGCACGAUCUACAUUCGAUAUCACGAUAGCACGAUGUCAGCAGCAAGCGCUCGAGCAUGCCAACAGGGCCGUACCAGACCCGGCACAUCAGUUGGAGUUGCUUACUGCAAAGCGGCAGAAGAAGGGAUGGCUGGAAGGUGGAAACCCGGAUCAGGAUGUCUGGGAAGCUGAAAGGAAGCAAAGCUUGGUUGUGCGUCGCAAAGAAGGAGGGCGUGUAAAGGUGACGGGGAAACCGAAGGAGCUCGGCGAAAGUGCCGUAUAUCCCGUGGACUUUGGUUUUGCUAUGGUUCCGUUGCUGCCACCGGAGACAGGAAGGGAGAUGGGCAACCAUGGGUGGUGGCCCGAUGACUCGGAUUCUGAGGAUGGAGCCAUUGAUGAUGUUUUGUUGUCCCCGGCCCGAUGCAAAUGGUGCGUGUCACUGCGUGUCACUGCGUGUCACCGGGAUCAAAAGUCGCCGUCGAUCGAGACCUUGCUGGAACAGCUUUACGAUGAGUCAAGCCACCCAAUCGAGACUGGUACCGAGGAGAAGCGUGUUCGAUUGAGAUCAAAGGGGAAGGGAGAACAGGCAGGAGCAGGCCACAGCAGCAAGACCACAAACCCAGAGAAGAAGCAAAAAACUUCACACCCAGCAGCUGAGAGCAAGCGCAACACAGCAACUAAGGACGACAGCCGAAGCAGCAGCCCACCAAAGACCAACGGCAAGUCCAAAGCUGCUACAGCCCCAGCCACGAAAACCCGGGAGAAGGCCGAAGACAGCAGCCCACCAGAUAAGGUAGAGAAGCCCGCAGCAGACCUAGCAAAGAAGACAAAGGAGAAGGCCCGCAGCCGCAGCCCGCCGAACAAGCCCAAGAAGCACACAAGCACCAGCAGUGCACCAGAGAAGGCCGAGAAGCCACGAAGUGCAGGGCCAACGAAGAAAACAAAGGAGAACACCAACAGCAGCAGCCCAGGCUCAGACCCGGCUAAGGAAACUAAGGAGAAGGAGAAGGUCCGCAGCAGCAGCAGCCCGCCAGAGAAGACCCACAGCAGAAGCCCAGGUUCAGACCCGGCAAAAAAGACAAAGGAGAAGGAGAAGGUACGCAGCAGCAGCAGCCCGCCGGAGAAGGUGGAGAAGCCACGAAGCGCAGACCCAACAAAGAAAACAAAGGAGAAGGAGAACAGCAGCAGCCCAGGCUCAGAAAAGAAAACGAGUGACAAGGAGAAGGUCCGCAGCAGCAGCAGCCCACCAGAGAAGGUCCGCAACAGCAGCCCAGGUUCAGACCCGGCAAAGAAGACAAAGGAGAAGAUCCGCAGCAGCAGCGGCCCGCCAGAGAAGAAGGCAGACAAGCCGGCAGCAGACCCAGCCAAGAAGACAAAGGAAAAGGAGAACAGCAGCCCAGGCUCAGACGCCGCAAAGAAAAAGGAGAAGGAGAAGGUCCGCAGCAGCAGCAGCCCGCCAGAGAAGGCCCCAGGUUCAGACCCGGCAAAGAAAACGAAGGAGAAGGAGAAGGUCCGCAGCAGCAGCAGCCCGCCGGAGAAGGCCGAGAAGCCCACAGCAGACCCAGCCAAGAAGACAAAGGAAAAGGAGAACAGCAGCCCAGGCUCAGAAGCCGCAAAGAAAACAGAGAAGGAGAAGGUCCGCAGUAGCAGCAGCCCGCCACAGAAGGCACCAGGUUCAGACCCGGCAAAGAAAACGAAGGAGAAGGAGAAGGUCCGCAGCAGCAGCAGCCCGCCGGAGAAGGCCGAGAAGCCCACAGCAGACCCAGCCAAGAAGACAAAGGAAAAGGAGAACAGCAGCCCAGGCUCAGAAGCCGCAAAGAAAACAGAGAAGGAGAAGGUCCGCAGUAGCAGCAGCCCGCCACAGAAGGCACCAGGUUCAGACCCGGCAAAGAAAACGAAGGAGAAGGAGAAGGUCCGCAGCAGCAGCAGCAGCCCGCCGGAGAAGGCCGAGAAGCCCACAGCAGACCCAGCAAAGAAGACAAAGGAGAAGGCCGAGGACUGCAGCAAGAACCCAGAAGAGAAAGCCGAAAAGAGGAAAGUGCAGAAACCAGCAAAGACAGCAGAGCACGAGGCCCAGGAGCACGAGCACGCAGCAAAGAAGUCCAAGAAGGAGCAGGAUCAUGGAGGUUCUGCCCAUGUUGCGAAAGCAACGGUAGCUGGGAAGGACAAAAGCGAAGACCCUCACAAGAAGGUUGGAAAGACCAGCAAGGAUAAGAAAGUGGACAAGAAGGACAAAAAGCAAAAAGACAAAAAAGCGAAGAAGGAUGAUAAGGGCGAAGAGGAAAAGCAGCGUGAGGACUGGUGCCUGACCUUUGCCAGCGACGCCGACGACGCCGAGACUCCGCCUCCUGCAAAGCAGCAUCGUCUCAACACCAUGCCGAGCGUGUCAUUUGGGACUCCGGGCACAACUUCUGAUGGCAGCCCCGAGGCAGCUGGUGGGAAAGUCAGACGGAUCACUGCUCUCUCUGAAGGGGAGAAGGAGGCCAUUUGCAAAAUGACGUCCCCGCAGGUCACAAUCUUCCAAUUGGAGAAAAUCUAUGGAAAAAGUGCCGUGCCAGACAGUGCGAAGGCUAAGAUGUACAAGGUUUUGCGGGAGGUGGUGGAAGAGAACACGACUGUUUCCAAGGGUGAGUCCAGUGAUGCUUGUCUGCUGACAAACCUGCUGAAGCUCAUUCCGCAAAAACUCCUGGAGAUGAAGGGGCUGAAGGACAAACAGCAGGAGAAGAUCGUGGAUGCUGAAGCACUGACAGAUUGGAUUAGUGAUACUACAUCUGAGGUUCUCCAUGAUGCGGAUCACGAUGUGAAGGAUGCACAGCGGCGCAUCAACUCGGUGAAAGCCAAAGAGAAGAAGGCCGAGACCGAGGCGAAGGCUCAGGAAGAGGCCGAUCACAGCGACGAGGACAUGAACCUCGACCGCACAAUACCUCUUGUUAUUCAUGGUGACGAUGCCGAGUGCCACCGUCGGCGAUCGUUUAUGGUUAUGACUUGGGGUAGUGCUUUAGUGCAUGCUACGCCGUGGGAUUCGAAGUUCGUUGCCUACGUGGGAGACAACAAUCAGCUUGGAGAUGAAGCCUACAAGGUCCUGGAUGCUUGGGUGGCAUGGUCUCUCCUAGAGUUAAUGCUAGGGCAUUGGCUCGAUGUGGAUCCCUGGGGCAACCCCUUCAAUCGAGGGCGACAGGGGCCAAUCGCCGAAGGAUGGCGGGGUGUACUGGCUGUGCACAAAGGAGAUGAAAAGUACAUCCAGAAGGCCUAUGCAACGGUCAACUCAGCGACGAGCAAGAAUGUUUGCUUUGUGUGCCAGGCGGGCGUCGAAAGAUCCAACUUCCGGAAAUCUUUACACGUACCAUGGUGCAUGACCACUGCUGAGUUCAUACAACACGGUUGUCGUGAGAAUGCUUGGGUGUGCAUGCCCGGUUGGCACAUCGAUGUUUUGAUGUAUGACUGGCUUCAUGUGCUGGAUCUAGCGGUUAUUCCAGACUGCCUGGCCUCGGCGCUGCUCGAGCUCACUGCUGCCGGUGUAGGCUUGUUUGUCGGCAGUGAUCAAGACGAAAGGCUCCGAAAUGCGUAUGUGCAGUUCUGUGCCUUGUGUAAGCAACACAAGGUGAAACAGCUGAGUGGUGGCGACAAGAAAAAAAUGCAGUUCCCCACGAUUGCGCAGAAGCACUUGUCUGGAGCAGAGAGUGUGAUCAUGGUUCGGUGGCUUAUGGGGCUCACCGUUGGUGAAGCCGCCAAAAGGCUGCGAGCGGCAGUAUUCAUCAACCUCGUGCGCAUGAGGGAAGCUAUUUCUCUUAACUAUGGCAAUCAGUUCUCCACCCUCUCCGAUGCCAACAUCCAGAAGCUGCAGGAGGCCAACUACUUGUUCCACUGUGCACUGAAUGGCCUGGGCCCUGGAGUUAUUGUAAACUAUGUUAUUACGUCAUAUUAUCUCUGGCUUGAGGCCUUGCUGAUGAAGCUAUACAGGCUGGACGGAUGUUAUGGAAAAUACGACCGAAACUGCACAAGCCCCUCGGAACAAAUACUUCAGCUCCAGUACCUUUGUGGCUCGAACCCUGCAAUCCAAGGGCAGACCAUAUCUGCUACGACAGCUCUGUACGUGUAA